AAUAAAAGCCGAUAGGGGGUUUUUUAGAGGGGUGAUACUCGCGCAUGCUCUAUUCAAACGGCUCAAAAAACCUCAGCCCGGUGCGUGUUCAGUACAGCUGAGCGCUUCAAGUGCAAGAAAAAUAUUGAAUAAGUACUAAGGAGAAUAAUAUUCUUCAAUUUUAAAAAAGAUGAAGCCUUUAAAAGAGCCGCAAUAUUUUCCAAGAAGGUUUUCGAAAAUAUCUACGUUGUGACGCAUACAACUUAAACACUAAAUUUGAAGGAUAUAGUAGUAGGAAAGAUCGUAAGGUUAAGAAUGUUAAAGAUUUUUAAAUUUUGUAAUAAUGGUUGGAUGUCAAUAAUUUUUUAAUUGUUAAUAUUUUAAUAAAGGUGCAAGUAGAAUUGUGUCCCAGUGAGCUAUUUUCUGCCUUUUAACGAUGUUUUUGUUAAAAAGUUAGAAAUAAGAGUUGUAGAAAUGGAACCAUACGCUGAUGAUUUAUUAUGGCUUGUGGUGUGUGGGUUUAUCGUGGCGUUCAUAUUAGCGUUUGGUAUUGGCGCCAACGAUGUGGCUAACUCGUUUGGUACCAGUGUUGGCUCCAAGGUUCUAACGUUGACACAGGCAUGCAUUCUCGCAACAAUAUUCGAAAUCGCUGGAGCAGUUUUAAUAGGUUAUAAAGUAUCAGAUACGAUGAGAAAGGGCAUUCUGGAUGUGUCACUUUAUGCUGACGGUGGGGAGAGGUUGUUAGCUGCUGGGUGCCUCGCUGCCCUAAUUGCAGGCGCAGCCUGGCUCAUUGUUGCCACGGCUCUUCGCCUGCCCGUGUCUGGGACACACUCCGUGGUGGGUGCUACUGUCGGUUUUACUCUGACGGCUAAAGGCCCAAUUGGAGUGCGAUGGUCUACGCUCGGUGCAAUAGUGCUGUCCUGGUUUAUUUCCCCCGUGUUAAGUGGUGCAGUAUCAGCGGUUUUAUUCUGGCUGGUACGCAGAUUCAUUCUCCGAGCAUCUCAGCCCUUAACAACUGGACUGAAAGCUCUCCCAUUCUUCUAUGGAGCCACUGUCGCUGUAAAUGUGUUGAGUGUUGUACAUGAUGGACCGAAACUUUUGGCGAUGGAUAAGAUUCCAAUGUGGCUGGCUCUGGCAGGUUCUAUAGCUCUUGGUACAGUGAUUGCAGUCUGUGUUAGACUAUUCCUAGUGCCAUACUUUCGCAGGCAACUUAUCCCUAAACCAGUAAAUUUUGUGCUCGGCGUGUCUAAUGAAACAACCCCAGCAAACACACCAACAAAUUGUGGUAAAGGCGUUCCCCAGCGUCCGACGUCGUUACUCUCUGAAGACGGGAAGGUUCUAGAAGCCAUUGCAGAGAGCGCCGAAAUGGUUACACUAAGCGAUGCGGACAAAUGUUCCCUCGGUGUCAGAGAAAUGAACGUCAGAAACGCUCUAUUAGCAACAAUGGACGACUGCAGUAUUCUGUCCAGAAGUCUUAGCCCGCCUGAUAAGUCCCGCUUGCAAUUGAUAGACGCAGACCCUCAGAUAAAUACCCUCAAAUAUAUCGAUGAGACUCUGAGCUGCUGUAAGAGUCUGGACUCUACUCAGCUAGUGGGGAUGGGUGAGAGCUACGACUCGAAGAAUGGAUUUAUGGAUUCGUGUGAUACAAUAGCGAGGGCUGAAUUUGGGAGGAUGUCUGCUGUACGCGCCAUGACUGGUGCCGUUGAAUUUGAUACUCCACGGAUUGAACGGGGGGUCAUACUUCAAGUCCCCGAAGGCGGCAGCGCCUGGAGCAUAGAGUGCGAGGGCAGAGGCCUUCCAGCCAUAACACCAAACUCCAGUGCAGCGCCCUUGCUCCGGGCCACUACGCCACCCCCAGUCGUCCCACCCCCAGCCCCACCGGAUACCUUGAGGCUGUUCUCAUUUCUUCAAGUUCUCACGGCUACCUUUGGCGCCUUCGCUCACGGUGGUAAUGAUGUAAGCAACGCUAUAGGGCCUUUAGUGGCUUUAUGGUUGUUGUAUUCAGAGGGAGGUGCGCACGCGCGUGCUGAAACGCCUCUUGCGAUAUUAGUAUUUGGGGGCAUCGGUAUCGCUCUUGGCUUGUGGCUUUGGGGUCGAAGGGUCAUACAGACGGUUGGGGAGGAUCUUACCAGCAUAACGCCUGAUACGGGGUUUACAAUAGAGCUGGGUGCUGCGUUAACAGUUCUAGUGGCCAGUAAGGCUGGCCUCCCAGUAUCAACUACUCACUGCAAGGUCGGAUCAGUAGUCUGCGUGGGAUACUUCUCGGAGAAGUCUGUUGAUUGGAGCUUAUUCAGGAACAUAAUAUUCGCGUGGGUGGUGACAGUACCCGUCGUGGCGGCCAUUGCGGCACUCUCCAUGCUUGCCCUCGAAGCAUUUGUUGUUUAAAACACGUGUAACAAAAACCCUGUAAUUGGAAUUUUAAUAAAAAUAUAUAUUAUUAGCUUGAUACUGAAAACAACUUGUAUGUGGUUUUAUUUAUGUAUGAUUAAUGUCGACUAUACUGUGAUUGUCAGCGUCUGAUAUGUUAAAACAGUUAAAUAUAGUACUGGUGAUUUUAUUAUAUGAAGAAACCAUCUAGGAAAGUAGUUGGAUUAGAUUUUUAGUAUGCAAAUAUUACAAGCGCAGAAAUUUUCAUACAAAAUUAAUACGCGAUACAUAUUUGAAUAAUGAUUGUUAACGAUACUAACAAUUAAGGAACUGAUUUGAUUUAUCAAAACUAUUUAUUAUUACGGUAGUUCCAUAUUACAGGGUUUUCACUAUACAAUACUUCAGUAUCUUCUAUCUUAUUAUUUAUUUAUUUAAGAAAUAUUAACAGCAGCAAUAAGUCAAUUUGUAACAUUAUUGAUAUGGACGAGUACUGAUUUUCAAACACCUUUUAUUAAGUGUGAAUAAGUUAAGAAUGCUUUUAUUGAUUGAAUCAAUUCUUAAUUUGUUUUGCGCUUGCAUUUGCCUCCUCUAGCUACAAGAGUUUAUAAUCCUAUUAAACAUUUAAAAAGAAAAUUACAAUUGCAGGAUUAAUCCGUCACCCAUUGUGGGUAUGUAAUGGUAGAGAAGAUAAUUACAUUAAAAAAAACUUUCAAGUUAGUUUAAUCAGUGUUGCAAACUUUAUACAUUCGCUUAAUUAACUGCAUAGAAAUAUAUCUCCGACCACACUGUGCUUCAAAAACCAUGUUCUUUUGUGUGUUGAAAACGAGUACUGGCCUACAACAAUAUUGCGAUUUAGAAUUUCCCGUAGCAAUCCUUAGUAAUCUCUAAAACAGAGCUUUAUAAAUUCAAUUAUGUAAUCAAUUUAAGUAUUUUUAAGGCAUAAUAUUUGUUAUUACAUGUCCAUAAAUUAAUUAAUACGAUCCUAAAUUAAUAAGCAUGAAUUUUAAUAAAUUAUUUUCGAACACAGCGGUUUUCUAAUAUGUCAACAGCAUCGUGCUUAUUUUGUUUGUUAAAUGUAAAGAAGUAUUGACCCACAUAUGAAAAUGUUUUUUUUUUAAAUUUUAGUGACAUUUAUUUAAAAAAAUGCUUUGUUUUAAUAUACCAAUUAGUGCGUCGUAUAUAAAAACUGACAUUGAACUACACUUAUACAUAGCUGACUGACACACAGCUUAUUUCAUAUAUUUCCAUAAAUAAUAUUAAUUAUUAUAUACAGUAGAAUCCGUUUUAGACGAUCACACUUAAUACGAUUUCUCGCAUAAUACGCCACUUUACGCUAGUCUCUGCAACAUAUUUAGACAUAUUUUCAUACAUUUCUUAACGCUUAAUACGAUUCGUCAUCCCGUUUAAUACGCCCGAGCCGAGAGGUCUGACCGAGCGCUCUAACGCGAGCCCCCAAAAAGGCCCCUCGCCCGCACGUGAAGUAACCGAGAUAUUGGAUAUUCUUCCAUUGAUGACAAUGUACCACUGUACAAAAUUCAAUCAAUCUUUUUGAGAAUGUGAAUAACACACAAAAUGAGGCCCUAAGUGAUAAUGAUGAAGAUGAGUCAACUCCAGUUUAGUCAAGCGCCCAGGCUGUAGCUGUUAAUGAUUUAAGACGCUAUGUAGUUUCUUUGGAUCAAAGCGAAGAUGCACUGCAAAAGUUGAAUUAUGUUGAAAAUCUUUUAAUUGCUAAUACAUCAAAAUCUUUCUGUCAAAGCAAAAUAAGCGAUUAUUUUAAAUAAUGUAAUUAUAAUUACAAAACGUAUUUAUAUACCAAAAUUAGAACAUAAUAAAAAUAUUAUUUUUUCCUAUCCCGCAUAAUACGCUUUCUCGCUUAAGACGCGUUUUUGGUAGGGUCCCUGAGAAAUCGUCUUAAGCGAGUUUUACUCUAUUUGAAAAAUUAAGUAGUUUAUUUCAAAUUAUACAACGACCAGACACGGUAAUUGUCAUAUGGUCGUUUCACUGACGGCAGUUCCACAAAUGUUUUUAAUAAACAAUUACUCUGAGGAUAAGCUUGAAAAAAAAUUUAGCAGACGCUGUAAAAAUAUUUUAUUUGUUCUAAUUUAGAUUAUGUUAUUUUUUAGGUUACAUUACAUAUCCCGGACCAAAAUUAUAUAAAAUAUUUUAUUUUUAUACUUUAAACUUUCCGAUACCAUAUUUCGAAUUCUUUAUAAUUUGUAAGAUUAAUUGCCUUCUAUGUAGUUGAAAAUUGUUGAAUAA